UAUGUGUAUGUAGGAAUGUAUGCAAGUGUGUGUGUGUUCCUUUUAAUUAUUUCACCCUUUUUGUCUUCAACAGACUUCCCAGAACUUUGCUUCUCGUCAACAAACUUCCGACUCUUCCUGGAAAAUCAGUCCUGGAGCUUGUUCCCCUUCUGCGGCAAAGCUGAAUGCGUCAAGAGCGGCGCAGACUACAUUGAGCGCGUCCAUGACUGCGGUCCUCAGCCCAAGAAUGGUGAGGCAUGUACAAUUGCCAACCUAGCUGAGCUUCAACGGAACGACACCAUCCUCGAAUACCCAUCGUGCUGCCCCAAAUACGUGUGCCCUGAUGGAGUCACCCUUGAAUAUCCUACCCAGGAAGAGAUCAAGGCUGAGAUUCAGAAGCAAAACCAAGCCGCUCUGCAGGCAGCCAAGGAGGCCGCAGCAGCAAGGGAAGCGGCAGGCCCACAGGCAGCACCAGGAACUGCUUAAGUUACUCCAGAAAGACGAGGCAAAAUAAACUGUGAUGAUAAUAAAGUUAUUUGGAUAAUA